AUGGCUGAAACACCCACCACUGAAACAGCGAUGCCUGCCCCCAUCGCUUUCAAGCAAAGGAGCCGACGGGCCAAGGACAGCGUGAGAAAGCGACCUGCUAGCUCCUUGCCAUCGCAUGGCGACUCUCAAGAUUCCUCUUCCUCAGACGACGAACGCGAUGCUGUAGACGGACCUCGGAUCAAGCGCAACAAGAAGGGAGCCAUCUCAGCUUCAUCGACGAGUCAACGGAACCCCGAUCAAGAUCACGCCCCUACAGCCUUCCGCGCGAAUCGUGAAGUGCCAAUAUCAGACACAAACGAUGCCACAAAGCGGAAGGACUGGUAUGAUCAGCCGACGACCAAGGGCCCCGCUCGUGCCGCCUCCAAUGUGCGCAUCACAACAACCUUCGACUUCAAGCCCGACAUCUGCAAAGACUACAACAAGACCGACGUUAAGCAAGGGUGGCAGCUUGAUAAGGAAUGGGAAGAAGUGGGAAAGAGCAAGAAGAAGGUCAGUGGUGAUCGCGAAACAGCAGAUGCUGUCGAGGGUGGGGCAGACAUGGAAAUGCUGAGCAAGAUCCCUUUUGCAUGCAUCAUCUGCGAGAAGCCUUACAAGAACCCUGUCGUCACUCGAUGUGGCCAUUAUUUCUGCGAGGCAUGUGCCCUCCAGAGGUACAGGAAGGGUCCAACAUGUAAGAACUGCGGAGCUGCGACCAUGGGAGUUUUCAACACAGCGUCGAAAUUGGAGAAGCUGCUGCGGCGGAAGAGAGAGAAUCAAGAGAAGCUGGAUGGGAAAGCACGAGAACUAGACGAUAAGGGGGCAUGA